AUGCAGAAAGGAGAAAAUGUUGUUGCAAUCGUCAAAGAUGUGGGUCGUUCGCUAGGGUAUCCAAUAGAGGACACGAUGAUAGAUGCAUGCCAUCGCCUGCGUUCCAGGGUGGGGUCUGACAAGCAUCCUGGUAUCAUUGUAAAAAUGGUACGGAGGCUGGAUUCAGAAGAGCUACUCCAGAAACGCCGCGUGAAGCGCAACUUCAACACGCAUGACAUGGGUCUGACCUCAGGACCCGCGGUGCCGAUCUACAUUAAUGAGAGCCUGUCACCUGCUCGGCGUAGCCUCUACAAUGCGGCCCGACAAGUGAAAAAAGAUAAGAACUUUGAGUAUCUAUGGGUCAGAAGUGGUAAAAUUUUUCUAAGAAAGAAACAGGGAUCAAAUGUGAUAACUGUUAGGAAAAUUGAAGACCUGAAAGAUUUGUAA